CGCCUCUUGCGGUGAGACGCCCGGCCAUGGCUUGAGGGCCCCAUGCGCUGGCGAGACGCCCAACGGUGCGCCGCUUAAUGGUGAGAGCUGCGGCGAGACACCUUGCGGCGAGACACCAUAUGGAGAAUUAGGCCAAACCCCGGAGCCGAUUGGAGGCUCGAGCGCAGCGGCUUGCCUCCAGACGCCUGGCUUUGAUCUUGAGGAGUAUUUUGGUGGCGGUGGGGCCGUUCGAUUCGACCCGGCCAGGGGCGACAUUACUGACGACGAAGCCCGCAAACACCACGAAGGGAACCAGCUACCGGUGCUGAAAUGGGUGGACGAAGCAGACGGCGAAGGACUUGAAAUAAGGGCGGAGGCUGGUCGCAACUUUAUGGCUGGCCCGGUGCUAGAGUUCUGUGGUGCAAAAAUUACAUCAGCAACGAGGCUGCUAGACUAUUCAGCAUCACCCGGCUGCUAGUGACUACGCGGGUGGCCAUCUCAUUCCCAAAAGAGUAAGAGAUGAGGCCGCAAGCGCAGCCGCAAGCGUCUAGUAUUUACUGUAGCCGCUACCUACUAACUUUGGAGAAUCGGCGCCAACUUCAGUUCGUGCGUUCUCAAAUGCUAGGCUUUCCGCCUCGUCUCCAAGUUGUAUAUACGAUCAGCAUCAGGGACUAGCGGUAGCGCAGCUAGUGACUCUAGUUUGGUUAGUUCUCAUAUAUGUGACGUGGGGCAUAUACUCGGUUAUAAGACUGAAGAAGAAGACGCUCUUAAGCUACUUCUAAGCUCAUCGCCGACACACCCGCACGGCGCUGGGAUUCAGAUACAGACGGGAAAAACAAGGAUGGCGAGCAGGCUGGUGGCGGGCGGCUGUGGGACAACAAUAAGACGCAACGGGAGGAAGGGGCUGGAGGUGAAGCGCCUGCAUUUCGAAGCUUGGCCGCUCUUGCUGCAGAUGAUGCACCGGCAGACAGUUUCAAGGAAGUGGUCGACAUCGUCGGAGAAGUCGUCUCUCAUUUAUGCAUCUGCGCCAUGUGUUUCCUCUCCACAUACUAUACUUGUUCGCCCCAAGUGCAGGAGCCUACCUCUAACUCUAUUCAUCUUGUCGCAACUAUCUGCUUCUGUAAGUCAAGCGCUUGCUUGUGAUGAAGUAGCGCCCCUCUUCUUUGUGGUAUUCUAUUUUUAGGGCAUACAGCUACUUAGACCUAGAACUACAGUGAGAGCGUGAGCAGUCCCAGCAUCUUCUUUGAAUAGGAUCCGCAUCAAGAUCAAUUUUGAUUUUAGAGCUUGAUACUGAUAGAUUUCGCUUUCGGUCCUUCUCUGUAUCGGCAUCCAGUUAUGCUUAUGGAGAGCGUAUCUGCCUCAUGCGCCCGGCUGGGUUCUCUCUUCAUCUUCGCCGAAGUGGUUGCAGUUACUCCGGGCGAUUGGGUUCGAGUGGGAUAUGGAAGAGGCGAGCAAAAUUCUGGACCGCAACCUGGUGGAAGCUGCCGACCUCGCCGAAGGUGUGCACGCUGAGAAGAUUGUGCACGGUGGCGACUUUUUGAACAGGGAGGCUCUGAAUUUCACCAAAAAAAGCGACGGGACUAUGAGGAGCCUCUACAUAUGGCAGAAGAGAAGACUUAGAGGCGAUAGAGAUAGACUCACUUACGCGCUGGGUAUCCGGUCGCAUCUUAUUUGAUAAAAUAGACCUAGACAUAGACGCGCGACGUUUGAUGAUGAUAGACUCACUUUGACAGUGGCCAGUGGGUACCUUGAAUUCUAUGGCGAUUUAAUCAACAACGCCAAGCGCUAUCUUAAAUUUCACUGAUCAUUAAUUGGCAUCGGCUGACCCGCCAAAAUGUAGCUUGUUCGAUACAGCGACAGCGAGGCUCUGUUGGACUUUUCCUGUGUCUCGCUUGUCGUUUGGAUUGGUAUGGUCGUCACUUUUUCGACGACAGUCGUACAAAACUAGUCGGGCUAUGAUUCUAGAUUGACGGCGUAAAGAUGGUUGCCUAAUUGUAAGUACCAAAGCAAAACAAAGCGCACGAAGCAGAAGCUAUUAGUGAAAUCUUCUAACUUUCGAACUGAUCAAGCGCCGCGGUCUCAAGCCCGUUAAAUUCAGCAAGCGGCUGGAUGCGUUGGAGGAGCCGAGCGCGUUUCUAUACUUUGGCCCGCACCUUUAUAAGCCGGGCGGCAUGACGAAAGCAGCCACGGAACUCCCGAACGUCUUCAAAAUGGUCAACCACAUGCUUGCCACUGAGGCAAAGCGCGCCGGCUUGCCCCUGAAGUACACGCACUUUUAAGAAUUUAAUACAAGCUUGAAGGCCGUCUUAUACUAUUUUGUUUUUGGUGUUUGCCUUUGGACAGAUGAGAGCGUCUCUGCCCCAAAUCUUCUUCGGCACCUUCUUUGUGCGCCUGCAAAUAUGGUAGCGACUUGUAUCUGAGCAAGAGCAUCACGCAAGCAAGUCUGAUGCUCGUAAGUAGAUUGGAGCCUAACUACAAGUAGAGCCCAGAGAUCGGGCGGCUGGUCUUAGUUGCAGCACCCUCGAGCGCAUCAAGGUCAGUCGCGCUCUUCUUCUAACUUGGCGGUCUUCUGUGGAACUGCAAGACGCACGUUCACAGCGACGGCAAAAAUGCUGGCCCCAGCUAUCUCAUUGCCGCAGGAGACUACGAAGGUGGCAUGUAUGUGGAGUACGACCCGGCCGCACGCGACAGCGAGCACAAGAGCGUCGUGAAAACCAAGAACGGGAAGGGAAUUACCUGGCCAAGGCAAGAAGGUGCUGCUUUUAUCUGCGUUUCAUCGCUUCGGCGUGCUUAUGUGCUGCUUCAGCCAUCUCCUUUGUUUCUAUCAUUAUUCCUCCAUCCCUUUUUCCAUGAUCAAUAUGCUGACGACAGCUAUUCUAUGUAGACUUACGCAUGUAGUUGCAAUCGCAUGGGUCCUGGCGUCGAGUUCUGUUGUAGGUUGUAACUCCUUUAUACUCAGGUGAGGGGCCGGGAUCUCGGCACCACCUUCCCGAAGGAGCUCGAGUUUUCGGGCGUGGUACGGAUGUGCGCUACAAGCUGGCAUAUAAAAGCGGCCAGCCCCCCCAUUGGACAGGUGACUUUACUGGCGAACGGUUCCUCGUCGUCGCUUGGGUCGACCGCGCCUGCAAAGUUCUCCCGGGCACAG